AUGAAAAUUGCAGCAAGAGCGUUGGUGACACUUGCAUUGGCAGCUUCCGUUUCCAUUGGAGCUAGCGCCUUUAACCCCAGUGCUUUCGUCAAGAAUGUGGCUGGAAAGAAUUCUUUGGCAGGAAAGGCCCAACUUCCUCUUCCAACAAAGCAAGUCAGCUCUUCAACUGCUAUCUCUUUGUCAUCAACCGGAGGGGCAAAAGUGAAGGAGGAAGAGCCCAAAUCUGGAGGUUUGUUUGAAACUCUUCAAGUGGGAUUCUACUUUGCUCUUUGGUAUCUCUUCAACAUCGCAUACAACAUCUACAACAAGCAGGCCCUGAAUGUUCUUGACUUUCCUUGGACUGUUGCAACCAUCCAAAUGGCUACUGGUAUUUUCUACUUCGUUCCAUUGUGGCUUUUGGGCAUCCGAAAGGCGCCCAAGUUGAAUGCGUCCGAGUUGAAGACCCUCAUUCCUAUUGCUCUCUGCCAUACGGGCGUCCAUGUUGGUGCCGUCAUUGCUCUCGGCGCUGGUGCCGUCUCCUUCGCACACAUUGUAAAGGCAUCCGAGCCCGUUGUAACCUGCGCUCUUAACGCCUUGUUGCUUGGACAAAUUUUGCCAAUUCCUGUGUAUCUUACCCUCCUUCCCAUCAUUGGUGGUGUUGCAAUCGCAUCCAUGAAGGAGCUUUCUUUCACCUUUCUUGCCCUUGCUUCUGCUAUGCUGUCCAACGUUUCCUCUGCCGCCCGUGGUGUCCUAUCAAAGAAGACUAUGUCUGGAAAGAAAAUUGGUGAAAAUCUAGAUGCCCAAAACCUCUACGCUGUUCUCACUGCUAUGUCAACUCUUAUUCUGAUUCCAUUCAUGUUGGCUUUGGAGGGAACUGGAAUGUUCAAGGCAUGCGGUGACAUCGUCGCCAAGGGCGACUUCACAAAGAAGAGCCUUUCUACCUUGCUUGCUCUUGGCGGAGCCUCAUAUUACGCAUACAACGAGGUUGCAUUCCUUGCCCUCGGAAAGGUCAACCCAGUGACACAUGCUGUUGGAAACACCAUUAAGCGUGUUGUCAUCAUCGUUGCAUCUGUCGUUGCUUUCAAGACCAAGAUGAGUACUGGAUCGAUUAUCGGAUCAAGUGUAGCUAUCUUUGGAACCCUUCUAUACUCUCUUGCUAUGAAUGCUACCAAGAAAUAA